UCCUCGGUGCUUGAGGUCAGAGUGAGCGGUGUGCGGCGCAACAGAUGCUGCGCAGAGAAAUAAGCCUUUAAUACCCCGGGACACGGGAGAGGGUAACAUCCCUCAACACACAAUACGGACUUAAAGUGAAACCUCUCACGCAACGCGUCUCCGGCGGUGUCCUGCGCGUCGCGGAUGCUCGGGACGUCUCUCACCUUUACGCACGAAACUGCGCGUAAAGAGCGGAGGGGCUUGGGGACAUUUUAUCCUCGGCCACAUACACCUGUUCCAGAGGUAGAUCCAGGCUCAUGGCCCACUUGUCCAUGUCCCACUUCAUGGAGCCAGGUGAACGGUAAUUUGUGGGUGGAAUAACACGCGCGGACUGCUUUACUCAUCAUGCCACCCAAGAAAAAGGGAGAGCGUCACGAUUUGGACUUUGUCGAGGAGAGAAAUGCCCAGGUGCAGCUGGAGAAGGCCAAGUACAAGCCUGUUGCGUUCGCCGUUCGUUGCAACUUCUCUUACACUCCAGCAGACGACGACAACGUCCCGGUGCCGGGCCAGGCCGUCACCUUCGAGUCCAGAGACUUCCUGCACGUCAAAGAGAAGUUUAACAAUGAAUGGUGGAUCGGCCGGCCGGUGAAGGAGGAUGGUGUGGUGGGCUUUGUCCCCAGUCCAGUCAACCUGGAAACCAUCCUCAUCAGAAGAGAAGUGCAGGCGAGGAAGGCUGCCAAGGCCUUAGCCAAUAAAGCAGCUGCUCAACCCGCUCAAGAUAUGAACUCAAAGAAAUACACUCCUCCCUCACAAGCCAAUCAGCAAGUGAAAAAGAAACCAGGGGAGCAGACAGCUAUGUAUGAUGUAGUGCCUACAAUGCGUCCUGUGGUUCUAAUGGGACCAUCACUAAAGGGCUUAGAGGUUACAGAUAUGAUGCAAAAAGCUCUAUUUGACUUUUUAAAACAUCGAUUUGAAGGCAGAAUCAGUAUCACACGAGUCACAGCAGACAUCUCUCUGGCUAAACGCUCCAUCCUCAACAACCCCGGCAAAAAGGCCUUAAUGGACCGGUCCAACACCCGCUCCAAUUUAGAUGCUGCCGCCCAGAUCCAGGGCGAGGUGGAGCGUAUCUUCGAGCUGGCACGCAGCCUGCAGCUGGUGAUUCUGGAUGCAGACACAGUCAAUCAUCCUCUCCAGGUGGCUAAGACCUCCCUGGCUCCAAUCCUCGUCUACGUCAAGAUCUCCUCACCGAAAGUGUUGACCCGACUGAUCAAGACGAGAGGGAAGUCUCAGACCAAACAUCUUAACGUUCAGAUGGUGGCAGCAGACAAGCUCGCCCAAUGUCCGCCUGAAAUGUUUGACGUCAUCUUGGAUGAAAACCAGCUGACAGACGCCUGUGAGCACAUUGCUGAUUAUCUGGAGUCUUACUGGAGAGCCACUCAUCCACCAGAAAUGGAGGGUGCCAACUCACUGUUGGCCCCGCUGGCCGAGAAUACACUGCCCACCAAUCCUACAGGAAUGCCGGAUGAGCAGAAGAACAAAAAGUCAGCAGCCCCCAAGAGGAAGGGUUCCUGUGAGAACCACCUAGACCCCGACCCCCCUUCAGCCCAGGCCCAGGAGCAGAGGGCGGAGGUGGGCCAAAAAGAGGAGGAGGAGCAGCUCCUUAAGAAUGACACAAAGAGACCCCAGCACACCCGACACCAUCACCAUCACCACCACCGCCGGAUGGAGAACCACAGUAACACCCAGCACAGCCAGACACCCGGGGGCAUGGAAGUACAGUUGAGCAGGGAUUACAGCCAGAGGCCUCCCCGCAGGCCCCUGCACGAGGAGAGGGUGGAGGAGACGGAGGAUCUGGUGGAGGGGGACAAGGAGGAGGCCCGCUACAACCACCGGGGCCUCAACCACCACCAUCAUAACAGCAACCACCAGCGUAACCACCACCGCCAUCAGCAUCACAGUGGGAACAGUCAGCCACAUGUCGAAGAGGACUAUGAGCAGGAGCACAAUGAACGCAAUCGGCAGCACAGGCAUCACCAGCAUAUUCCACCGCGGACGCAGAACGCGGUGCACUAUCCCGUACACAAUCAACACAACUACCAUCAUCACCACGGCAGAGAGAGAGACAGAGACAAAGACAGAGACAGAGACAGAGACAGAGACAGAGACAGAGAUAGACAAAGAGAUAGAGACAAAGAGAGAGAUAGAGAAAGGCACAAGGACAGGGAAAGAGACAGAGAUAGAGAUCGAGGUAGAGACGGAAGACAAUGGCACAAAGAUUCUUACACACAAUCCUGACUAUUUGUCUCCACUGUGAAUCGGUGCAUGGUUUUAUGCUGCUCAAGUUAUAAUGCACUAAUGGACAGGGCAGAAUGUGUCAUCUUUGUAGAAAAAGUUUUUCCUGAUGUUGUUUGCCACACACACACAAACACACACACAAACAUACACAAACACACACACACACACACACACACACACACACACACACACACACAGACACACACACUUUGUCCCCUUUUCAUUUCUUUGUUAAAAUGGAUUUUAGCACUUAGGGCACAGUUUGGUCUGAAUUGUUAUCAUCAAAAAUCAUUAUUUUUGCACAAACAUUAUCAAAGAUUAAUCUGCAUCUGUAAGCUCAUGAAGUAUUCUGGUUUAAAAAAGGGCUGCCUUUAAAAAGUAUUUCCACUAUCAAUGAAUCCUUUCAAAUUGUGUGAUUGCUAUUUUUUGGUCGGUUAGAAAUUUCAAAUGUCUCACAAGCGAGGCUGAAACCCAAAGAUAUUCAGUAUAUGAUCAUAUAUGAACGAAAACAGAAGGGUAUAUUCUCACACGGGAAAAGCUAGAGCCACAAAAGGUUUAUAUGUGAAGUAACUGAAAUGAUGAUUUGAUCAGAUUGUUGAUUCUUAUUCUGUUGAUCGACAAUGUUCGCUGCUCAAUUAAAAAGCGUUUUAUUUUUGCUUUGAUUCUGAGAACAGUCAAUCUUGUUAUAAUAACAUUUUACAGACUAUUGCGGAUCACAAGUUGACUGUCUUGUUGCUGUUAUAUAGGAGAUUUGGAUUUAGUAAAAUAUAAUAAUACUAUAAUAAUAACAAUAAUUGCCUCAAAUAGAUUUUUUUCGAGCACAAAUGCUAAACAUUAUAAAAUGUUGAAUCUUUGUUUUAGGACUGUUGGUCACAAAAUCAUGCAAUGUGUACUGUUUCAAUUAUUUUUGACAUUUUCUAUCAUUUAUGUUAUUAUCAUUAGUUGCAGCCCAGAAUAGGUCAUCACAUAAUGAAAUCAUCAUCUUGAGAUAACAUGACAAAGUUAAAUCAUACAGUCUGUUCUUGGCUUCCGUACAUUGAUUUAAGGAUUUUUCUCUCUAGAAAGUCACAUAUGUGGGAUCAACUUACAUGUGUAUUUAUUACCAGAUGCAUAUCUUCAGAAGUGAAUUGUUUAUGUUAAACAUUGGUACUGAAAGUCCCACUAUUUUUCUACUUGAUUACAAAGGGAAGUCGUUCUUUGCUUCCUACUUUUUAAAACUGGUGUUCGAUCAUAUUUAUUGACUUGCAUUUUCUGUGUCUGGAAGCAUGAAUAAUCUUUUGGUGACACUGACCUGUGUUAUAUGCUGGAUCCUCUAUGCAUCUUAUUGUGAUAAAAUAUAGUGCUUGAAGUCAAUCUCUAUGCAUUUGUACAUACUUCAUUAUUGCCUUGUUAGGUAAGUAUAGGGAGAAGCAGAGAGCUGGCUGCACUGUCUGGUCUCAACUUGAGUUAAUUUGAGUACAAUAUUUUUGUUCUGUUUGUUUGUUUGUGUGUUUUGUACGGCAUUCAGUCCUUGAUUUUGACAAAUAUGCAUUCUGUUGGUGCAAAUCAUUAAAUAUGUUAAAUGAAGAAUAUGUUAAGUUUUAUUUUAUUUUAAGAUAAAAGCACCUGCCACAGUCAAUAGUAUUCAGACCACACAUUUUGAUCAAUAAUAAUAAUAAAAGGUUGGAUUGUUGAUUGUGAUUGCUUGACAGAGCUAGAAAAAUA